AGAGAUAUAUUAAAAAGAAACUAUUUAAAUGGACGUUACUGUUUGGAAGUCGAACUGGAGGACUUAACAGGCUACGACGAGGUUUUGGCAGAUAAAUUGCAUAAGCAACCUACUGAACAUUUACAAAUAUUUGAAGAAGCCGCCAGAGAGUUCGCAGAUGAGAUAACAUCUCCCAGACCUGAACUUGAAGAACAGUUGCAUGAUAUCCAAAUAUUACUUUCUUCCAAAGCUAAUCCAACGAAUGUGCGUGAUUUAAAAUCAGACAGUGUUUCUAAAUUGGUAAAAAUUGCUGGAAUUAUUGUCUCUGCGUCAGGUAUUAAGGCAAAGGCUACUAGAAUGUCGAUCAUGUGCCAGUCAUGUAGCACCGUCUUGCCGAAUUUGAAAGUAAAUCCUGGUUUAGAAGGCUUUGCACUUCCUCGAAAGUGUACCUCGGAUCAGGCUGGACGUCCCCAAUGCCCAUUAGAUCCAUUCUUUGUAAUGCCAGACAAAUGUAAGUGUGUGGAUUUUCAACUUUUGAAAUUACAAGAGUUGCCUGAUUUUGUACCACAAGGAGAGAUACCUCGGCAUUUACAACUAUUUUGCGAGAGAUCAUUGUGCGAACGUGUUGUACCAGGUAACAGGGCUCUUAUACAAGGUAUUUAUUCUAUUCGAAAAAUUGGAAAGCCAUCCCGACAAGAUGGCCGAGAGAAAGCCGUUGUAGGAGUUCGUGCGCCUUACAUGCGCGUUGUAGGGAUAACAGUUGACACCGAAGGAUCUGGUGCAAUAUCUCGUUACAGUAAUGUGACAACGGAAGAAGAAGAAACGUUUCGCAGGAUGGCAGCAUCUUCAGAUAUUUAUGAUCGAUUAUCCAAAUCUUUGGCUCCCAGUAUUUUUGGAUCAGAAGACAUAAAAAAAGCAAUAACUUGUAUGCUUUUUGGCGGGUCUAGAAAGAGAUUACCUGACGGACUGAGUAGGCGGGGCGAUAUAAAUGUUUUAUUACUAGGAGACCCUGGAACUGCAAAGUCACAGCUUUUAAAGUUCGUUGAAAAAGUGGCCCCAAUCGGCGUAUAUACUUCCGGAAAAGGUUCCAGUGCUGCGGGCUUGACAGCUUCCGUCAUGAAAGAUCCAUCAACG